CGUCCAUCGGGUGGCAGCAGCUGACCACGUUUCAAUCCAGUCCGAGCUGAGCAACGGAGCCAAAAGAAGAAGGAGGAGGAGCGCUGUCUAUGGUCAUGGCGGCCAAGGUGGUUAUGGUGGCCGUCCCGACGGUGCUGGGAAUAGCCUCCAUCCGUGUGUACACCGUGAAUGAAGUGCCUGCUGAUGGGCUGGUUACUCGAGAAAGGUUGAACAUCUACACACCGCUGCCACAGUCCCCUCAGGUUAAGUUUGUUCCAGAGAGUCCGGGGAUUAUUGAGAGUGGGCUAACCACAGCCAGAGAGGGCGUACUGCCAUUUGUCCUGGCGGUGAAGGGUGCCUGUGUCUCUGUGAAAAGGGGAAGUGUUAAUCUUUACCACACAGGACAGGAUGUAUACUAUUACUUGAAAGACCCUCCCCCAGGCUUUCUACCCAGAUUUGGCACCAUCACCAUGGCUGGCCUGCUUGGCAUGUUCUUGGCACGGAAAGGCUCUCAAUUCAAGAGGGUCGCUGUCCCGCUGGGCCUGAUGAGUGCAGGAGCGUCAGUGUGCUACCCAGCCCAAGCUGUGGCUGUAUUUAAGGUGACGGGUAAGAAGGUGUAUGCUGCAGGGCAGUGGAGCAGUGCUGCAGUGUCUUCACUGUUUGCCCCCAAGGAGCCUGUUGCCAAAGAGAUUGUUGCUUCACCACCACAGUCAGCUACAGUACCAAAUCCAGAACCCACCAGUUCCCCUAGAGAGACGCCAGCAAAGAGCUCUACAAUCUCAGAGACUGAGGUGGAAUCAGCUGAAUCUGCUCCCAUCUCCGAAGAGCCCGUUGUUGCUGUCAAAACAGAGGAAGAGUCAUCAGUAACGCUCACAGAAAUAUCCCCCGACCAAGCCCCAACAGAGACCAGCACAGCUCCUUUAGUAAGUUCUGUGCCAGUAGAAACAGACACCUCUCCUCUCUCUGAAGCAUUACCAGACCCUGUUGAAAGUGUGGAAGCCUCCGAUGCCAAAUCGGCAGCGGAGGAUGUCUCCGCUGACACGAGCCCAGCCGAGCCCACAGCGAACUCAGAGCCGGAGACGAUAGAGGUGGCUCCAGUCGAGUCAGAUCCAGCUGAAACUUCUCCAGUCAAGUCUGUUCCAGCCGAGUCUGCUGAAGUCGAGUCCGCUCCUUCUUUUAAAGAACCAUCUGCUCCAAAGGCCUCAGAGCCAGUUGUUGAAUCAGCUGAGCCCGGACCUGCUGCUGAACCUGCUGUGGAGAAGACACCGACCCUGACACUCCCACCACCGCCUCUUGAACCGCCUGCUGCAGAAAACAGCAAAGAGGGCUCUAGUUUCAAGCCAGACCCUUCUCUCAUGGACUUCGGCCAGUCUAAACCUGAGGAUGAAGACUUGUACAGCACACGCAGCUGAGAGACCACGGGAGAAACCUCAUUCCCCACACUGCCGUCUUCUAUCUGAUCCAAACUGACAAACGCUCUGUAUCAUUAUGCAGCGUAAAUAGGCCAUUUUGGAAGCGAGCGCAGUUAGAAAGACUUUAAUCAACAUUUCCAUUCUCUUUUCAUCUGCCCACAUCAGUUCUGGUUCCACAGAAAACAUCCAAGUACAUUUGCAUUGUAGCAGCAGUGCAGUGAAUUCCGGUACACAUAACUGAAUUGGUUUGCGUGAGACAGAAACCUGAAAAAAAAAAAACUACUCCCACAAGCCUUUUAUAUCACAAAUGGCAGAUUGUGAAAUUUUCUCUGUUCGUGUCAUUGAACAAUUGCUGGCUUUUGCAGCUACAGCUUCACAGUCAUGAAUGCAUGGUGCUUUUAUUUAUUGUAAUUUAGCCCAGUGCGUUGUAAACAGGAAGUUCUGUACAUGUGCUGAUAAUGAUUACAAGAUGGGACUAGUGCUGAUCCGUUUUGUUACAUCAGAAAUUGUCUUCACUUGUUGAGUUAGGAACUCUAAAUAAAUCUAUAUUUUUCAUGAACUAA